AUGAGUUUCCAUGAUGAUCCCAACGAUCCCGAGUGGAAGGUAACAAAAUUGAAAACACAACCGGGAACCGUUAAAGAACAUCACAGUGGUGGCGGUUCGGCUAGUAAACCGAAAUAUUCACAGAAAUUUUGUGAAAAAUGGUUAAAUAUAUUUUCGCCAUGGCUGGCACGCUGUGAAGAUGACCCCAAUAAACCAUUUUGUCGGGCAUGCCAGUGUCGUUUGGAUUGUAAUCGCUGUCAUUUGCAGCGCCACGAACGGACCAGUAAACAUAAUCGCAAUUUGGAAAUUUUAAUAAAUAAAGGGGAAGGAGUGGCACGUUUGAAUUUGAGCAUACGAAGGGAACGCAGUAAAUAUUAUCAGCAACGAAAGAGACUGUCGCCGACACCGGAGGAUAGUGAUAAUGGCAUUGAUGAGUUUAUAGAAGAACCGGAACAGGAAAACGACUACACCACCUAUGAACCCCAAACUGAUGAACAAACUUCUGAGGAUCAAUAUAUGCAAGAUGAUAGCAUGGAAAAUUCAGAAAUUAUAACCGCAGACGAUGUCCAACAAAUUGUUGAGAAUCAAUCUCCACCACCACCACCUCCCACACAACCACCAGCAUUACAACCAAAACCCAAUAUUAUUCGUCAACGUAAACUGAUCAAAAAUGAAGAAUUGCCGCUACAAAACAUCGAAGAUAUUUCCGAUCGUAAAGAAGGCAUGAAGUUGCUACUACAAAUACAAAAAGAUAAAAAUGAGUUAAUGGAUUCAUUCAAGGAGCUAAUGGGCAAUAAUAUGACCGUAACACCAGCACCCAAAGAGAAAAAUCAUGUUGAUUUAUUCUUUGAAAGUGUUAGUUCGAGUGUAAAAGCAUUGAGUCCGAAAAUGAUUGCUGAAGCUAAAAUGCGUGUAUCCCAGUUAAUAUGUGAAUUGGAAUUGAGGGCUCUAACGGAAAAUGAUCAACAACACCAACAGCAUCUAGGUAUUAGAUUCCCGGAUAUGUUGCAGGAUCCUUAA